ACAGGUGUUUCUUCCUCAAACCUACCUGCAUUUCAGCUUUAAGGCUAUUUGGAGUACCAAAAAUGAAAAGGGGUAAAAACUAAAAAGAGAAGUGAGGGGACAAUUUUGUUUUUUAGUUAGCGAGGCGACGCAAACAAGAGGAGGACUGAGGAAAUAUGGUUUACGGUCAGUUAAAGUGCGGUGCUAGCCGUUAGCAUGCGGUUAGCAACGGACUUCACCUAAAAAUAUUCACAAUUUAGGUGAUUUUUUUAUGAAAAACCCUCGUGAUUCGUUUGAUUGGCGGACCCUUACGGAUUAAAAGGAUAUAAAUAAUGGAGGAAUGGGCACAUUUUGGACUUCAUAACCACUACAAAGGUCUGGAUGGAGAGUCCUCUGAGACGGUGUGCAGUUAUCAGGAUGUUUUAAACUACCUGAACUUGACCAAAAACAACGAGCUAUUCUCCAUGACCCGGCCCGUGAAAGACUACAAAAACCCCACACAGGUGUCACUGGAGAUACUUCUGUAUGCCAUUCUUGAUGUGAGAGAGAUUGACCAGACAUUUGUUCCUUACGUUUGGAUUUUUAUGAAGUGGCACAAUGAACACAUUAACUGGGAGCCAAAUGACUUUUGUGGUAUUGAGGCUGUUUCUCUUCCUACUGACGUUUUGUGGAAGCCAGACAUAACUAUUGAAGAAAUGACAGAAAAGGACAAAGCGCCUCCAAGUCCUCAUCUGACAAUCUCCUCGACUGGUUUGGUCCAUGUUCAGGACGACCAGGUGUUGGUCAGCACCUGCAGGAUGCACGUUUACAGAUUCCCCUUUGACAUUCAGAGCUGCAACCUCACCUUCAAGUCUGUCAUACAUUCUGAUGCAGAAAUACAGCUUGUUCGGCACAUUAACUCUUCACAGGCCACAGAGUGGUCUCGUGAGGUGAUGCGGACCCAGUACGAGUGGUUGUUCAUCAACAUGACGGUUACCAAAAAAAAUGUCAGCAUGUUUGACUUCCAGCAAGACGUGAUGAUUUACACUAUCACCAUGAAGAGGCAAUCGCUCCUGUACAUCGUCAACUUUUUGCUGCCCAUCCUGUUUUUCUUUUUUCUGGACUUGGCCUCCUUCCUGAUCUCAGACUGCGGAGGCGAGAAGCUCAGCUUCAAGGUCACUGUGCUGCUGGCCGUCACUGUGAUGCAGCUUAUUCUCAAUGAAAUUCUGCCUUCCUCUUCAGACAGGAUUCCACUUAUAGUGGCCUACUGCAUUGGGAUUUUUGCUCUGAUGAUGCUGAGCCUCCUGGAGACGAUUUUGGUGAUGUAUCUGAUGGAGAAAGACUCU